AUGCACGGCCGGCGCUGUUCCCUUCUGGACGCCGCCUCCGCCGCCGUCGUUGUCGACUGGCACUGCCAGCACGUGAUCGACCUCCAUCAGCUGUGCCGUGCCCGGUGGUGCCGUCCUGUCCGUCGGUCGGUCGUCAGAUUUAGACAGCGUCUUCUGCUGCGGCUGGCAACGGCAACGGCAGCGGCUCAGUGUAGCAUUGGCGGUCGUGGUGGUCACUCGCUCGUCGGAGAGCUGAGCUCAGUUCGUCUUGUCGUCUCAUCGUGCUUGGCUGUGUGGUGUCGUGGUGGCGGUGGCGGUGGUCACUCAUUCAAGGUCGACCAUCGAUGGAAUGGACAGUAG